GAGGCUUUUUAGCUCGCGUCGCGCCGCGGCGUCCCUGUCACGGGCCGCGCCCUCGCCAGCUGCUCUCACACACACUCGCAGCAACCACCGCUCGCCGCGGCGGUCUAUAUAUCGGCAGUGGCAGGAGCUAGGUAGGAGCAGGGGGGAGAGGUUGUCUACGGGCAUGGCGAUGGCGGCGGCGGCGGCGGCGAGGGGGGUCUUGGCGGUGGUGGUUGCGGUGGCGGUGUUGUGGGGCGGUAAUGUGGCGAGGGCGCAGACGCCGGUGUUCGCGUGCGACGCGUCGAACGCGACGGUGGCCGGGUACGGGUUCUGCGACCGGUCGAAGAGCGCGGCGGCGCGGGCGGCCGACCUGCUCGGCAGGCUGACGCUGGCGGAGAAGGUUGGGUUCCUGGUGAACAAGCAGGCGGCGCUGCCGCGGCUGGGCAUCCCGGCGUACGAGUGGUGGUCCGAGGCGCUGCACGGCGUCUCCUACGUCGGCCCCGGCACACGGUUCUCGCCGCUCGUCCCCGGCGCCACCAGCUUCCCGCAGCCCAUCCUCACCGCCGCCUCCUUCAACGCCUCCCUCUUCCGCGCCAUUGGCGAGGUGGUGUCGACGGAGGCGAGGGCGAUGCACAACGUUGGGCUGGCGGGGCUCACGUUCUGGAGCCCCAACAUCAACAUCUUCCGCGACCCGCGCUGGGGCCGCGGCCAGGAGACGCCCGGCGAGGACCCGCUGCUCGCCAGCAAGUACGCCGUCGGCUACGUCACCGGCCUGCAGGACGCCGGCGGCGGCGGCGGCGGCGGCGCGCUCAAGGUCGCCGCCUGCUGCAAGCACUACACCGCCUACGACGUCGACAACUGGAAGGGCGUCGAGCGCUACACCUUCGACGCUGUGGUGUCCCAGCAGGAUCUGGACGACACAUACCAGCCCCCGUUCAAGAGCUGCGUGAUUGACGGCAAUGUGGCCAGUGUAAUGUGCUCGUACAACAAGGUCAAUGGGAAGCCUACCUGUGCAGACAAGGAUCUCUUGUCAGGAGUCAUCAGAGGGGACUGGAAGCUGAACGGAUACAUUGUGUCGGAUUGUGAUUCGGUUGACGUACUCUACAACAACCAACACUACACCAAGAACCCUGAAGAUGCAGCUGCAAUCACAAUAAAAUCAGGGUUGGACCUGAACUGCGGCAACUUCCUGGCGCAGCACACCGUGGCGGCGGUGCAGGCCGGGAAGCUGUCGGAGUCCGACGUCGACAGGGCCGUCACCAACAACUUCAUCGUGCUCAUGCGGCUGGGCUUCUUUGACGGCGAUCCGAGGAAGCUCCCCUUCGGCAGCCUCGGCCCCAAGGACGUGUGCACGUCGUCCAACCAGGAGCUGGCCCGCGAGGCCGCGCGUCAGGGCAUCGUCCUCCUCAAGAACACCGGCGCGCUGCCGCUCUCCGCCAAGUCCAUCAAGUCCAUGGCCGUCAUUGGCCCCAACGCCAACGCCAGCUUCACCAUGAUCGGCAACUACGAAGGUACGCCGUGCAAGUACACGACGCCGCUCCAGGGCCUCGGCGCCAACGUCGCCACCGUGUACCAGCCGGGCUGCACCAACGUCGGGUGCAGCGGGAACAGCCUCCAGCUCAGCACCGCCACACAGGCCGCAGCCAGCGCCGACGUGACCGUGCUGGUCGUCGGCGCUGACCAGUCCGUCGAGCGCGAGAGCCUGGACAGGACGAGCCUCCUCCUGCCAGGACAGCAGCCGCAACUCGUCUCGGCGGUCGCCAACGCCUCCAGGGGCCCCGUCAUCCUCGUCGUCAUGUCCGGCGGGCCGUUCGACAUCUCGUUCGCCAAGUCCAGCGACAAGAUUUCCGCCAUUCUUUGGGUCGGCUACCCCGGCGAAGCCGGCGGCGCCGCCCUCGCCGACAUCCUCUUCGGAUACCACAAUCCAAGUGGAAGGUUGCCGGUGACAUGGUACCCGGCGUCAUUCGCCGACAAGGUCUCGAUGACCGACAUGCGCAUGAGGCCGGACUCGUCGACCGGUUACCCCGGCCGGACGUACCGGUUCUACACCGGCGACACGGUGUACGCCUUCGGGGACGGCCUGAGCUACACAAACUUCGCGCACCACCUCGUGUCGGCGCCGAAGCAGGUCGCCGUGCAGCUGGCAGAAGGCCACGCGUGCUACACCGAGCACUGCCUCUCGGUGGAGGCCGCCGGCGAGCACUGCGAGAACCUGUCCUUCGACGUCCACCUCCGCGUGCGGAACGCCGGCGACGUGGCCGGCCGGCACACCGUGUUCCUCUUCACGUCGCCGCCGUCGGUGCACAACGCGCCGGCGAAGCACCUGCUGGGGUUCGAGAAGGUGUCGCUGGAGCCCGGGCAGGCCGGCGUGGUGGCGUUCAAGGUGGACGUGUGCAAGGACCUGAGCGUCGUCGACGAGCUCGGCAACCGGAAGGUGGCGCUCGGCAGCCACACGCUGCACGUCGGCGACCUCAAGCACACCCUCAACCUGAGGGUCUAGGAAGAAGAUUAAACGGGAGAUUGCUAAUGAGAAUGCAUUUGAUACACGGAGUUGCAAUUGGAUUCAUCGAGAGAAUUACGAUUUGGCCGUUAGAAAUCAGAAUUGGUUAAGGGGUUGUAAUAAGGACUCCCCGUUGGAGAGAAUUGGAUCCUCCGGGUGGGUCUUUCGGUGUGGGUGUUCAAUUUGAUUUAUUUGGAGGGUCGAUUUAAAAGUUAAAACUGUAAUCUUUGGAAGAAAUUUCCACAAGUGUAAUUGACUGGAAGGGAAAUCAUCUCAUUUUCGUCCAUUCCAUUCAAUUCAAAAAUUUGACUGGAAGGGAAACUAUCUUCUUUUA